CCAAAGUUGGUUUGCCAACCGCCAUUAAACGUCAAAGAAGAAGAAGAAUAUUUGGCUCUCCCCGACGGGAAUAGGCUCUUCUAGAGUUCACCUAAAUAAGGAAAGUGAAAAACAAAUGACGCCAUAAGUCUGGCUUUUUAAACGGCUGCAUUUGUGGUCUGAAAUCAAUCUCUAAGCGCUCUUUGAUAAAUCGGAGUGGGAAGACACUGACUCUAAAAUGAGUUCUUCAGUUGCUGGAUCAAGCAGUGGUCAACUCAUGGAGACUCCUUCCUCUGCAUUCAGUGAUUCAGUAGUGAUGUUUUACGUCAGGGAGAAGAGUUUGAGUCCAACACCCGUCAGUGUGACACAGACGAGUAACUCAUCCAUGGAUCAACCCCUUAGAUUCAGUGAUGGAGUAGUGUCUAUAUUGGCAGCAUUUCGGUCUUGGUUUGGAUAAUUUUACUGCAUUUCAGAUUUAAUACAUUUUAUGAAAUAUGCAGUGCAGGGGUGCAUAAUUCUCAUGGUCUCCAGCUGUCCUUGUAGCCACUGUCAUUAUAAUUUGUGCAGCUCUUUAUCACGGCUAUCGGUGCAACCGUCCCAACAUGCUGUCCCUUACCAAAACAAACACUGAUGUAAAAGUUUGCCAUAACAUUAUAUAAUUGUAAUUUUAUGGAUUAAUAAAGAACCCCCUUCAAUAGUGAGAUAUCGCUCCUUUUUUUAUUUAAGUUUGAGUCUAAGGUGGACUAAUGUCCUUCUCUCUCACCCUCUCUUUGUCCUGCACACACACACACACACACACACACACACAUAUACACAUACACAUACACACAUACAUACAUAUAUGUUGGUAUUUGUGGUUUACGGGGACUCUCCAUAGGCGUAAUGGUUUUUAUACUUUACGUGCUAUUGCCCUACACCAACCCUACACCUAAACCUACCCCUUACAGGAAACGUUGUGCAUUUUUAGAUUUUCAAAAAAACACCAUUCAGUAUGUUUUUAAGCCUUUUGAAUUACGGGGGCAUAGGCAGUGUCCUCAUACGUUUACGUUGAGGGUUGGAUGAAAGAAUGGAUGAAACGCAUUUGUCCGUGUUUCACUCCGUCUCGAAUCGCACUCGCAGAAAGCGCUCGAGAAACAGUAUCUCUUCCGCGGCUCGGUACGCUUUCAACUCGCUUUUUUUUUUUUUUGUCUCGAGCCUUGGUCAAAAGACUGUAGGACAUUUACAUGAUUUGACUGAUUUUUACGUUAGAGAGCGUGACAGCGCACCGCAUUAAAAUAAAUGAUCAUUCAUGUUUUCAUACCGCUAGCCAAAUUCAAAAACGAAACUAAAAUUAAAACAUCUUUGAGAGCAAGGGGGCCCCCUGGUGUUUCGUACAGGGAGGAUCGGCUCUGGUUUUAGGCCACUAGUAUUUUCAGCAGCUGAAAAAUGGGUUUAAGUCAGUUAUUUUUAUCCUUUGCUGUAGUGUGUCAGUAGAAAAUAUAAGUUUACAUUUCCAAACAUUCAUUUUGCCAUUAAUAAUCUCACUAGAUUAUUAAAUCUAGUGAGAUUGUUGUCUGACAACAGCCAGUGCUCCACACAGAGAUCUGAUCAGGGCCCGUAUUUAUCAAGCCUCUAUAAGAAUUACUCUCAAGAACACUGCUAAGAAUUGACUUAAGUGAAAAAAAAAAAAAAAAAAAUCUUGGCUCAAUGCUGCGCUUAAAAGUUAGUUAUCAAUCCUCUCAGUCAUCAAAUCUUAAGUGUCAGUCUUGAACAUGAUUCACGACACUUUGCUGUACCACAAACGGAUUUUGGAUGACGACAUACACAUGGACCAAUCACUGAAUAGAUUUCCUUAAUUAAGAAUAUUCUCAGAUAACUUCACACUGAAUGGUUAAAUUCCUAAUAGGAGUUUACAUUCAACACACAUUUGACAAUAAAGAAUUUUCAAGAGAUGCCUUUGACGACAGCGAAAGAUUAUUAUUAUAAUUAUCCUUCAAAAAUAGACUAGUGCCUAUCUUUAGUGAUGCAGCGCAGAGAGCCGCUCCGGUGGCCGUGGAGCCACAGAGGCGUGCAGUGUAAAUAAGGGGUAAGAGAUUUAUUCAUCAUACAGUGUAGAUCACAUAACACUCGCACUAGACUGAAGUCAGUAAUGAUGUUCUUUGGUAAUGUAAAUCUUCUUUGCUCGUUUUGAAUAACUGAGGAAAUGUAACCGUUUGAUUAAGUGCUCAUCACCAAACAUUUCAAGCACAUUCUUCCUCUCCUGAGAGAUACACACACGUCUCUGUCUCCUCAGCACCAUCACAAGCCUCUACUGGCAACUCCUAACCACUUGAGAGACCUCUCAAGCUGUCUUAAAUAACUGGAAGAGUAAGAGUGAUUCUUAGCUUUAAGAAAUUUGAUAACUUGCUUUUAUACUUAAGUUUGAAAGUAGGAGCAAAUUGCAUGAAUUCUCAGCACUUAAGACUAAAAUGGCACUUUGAGAAGCUUGAUAAAUACGGGUCCUGAUCAUCAUCAGUCUGUCUGGAAUGACAUGAAGAAACAUAACAAACUGAGACUAAAUCCAGAGGAACUGUGGCAAUGACUCCAAGAUGCUUCAAGAAACCUACCUGCAAAGCUUCAGUACCGUUCAAAGUUUUAGGCACUUGUGUAAAAAUGCUGUAAAAUGAGGAUGCAGACAAAAAUAAUGUCAUAAAAUACAUUUUCUUUAUCAGUUAACUUCUAUUAACUAAGUUAAAUCAACAUUUGGUGUGAGCAUCCUUUGAGAUUACAGCAGCUUUUGCCCUCGGUGCACUUGAGCAGAGUUUCUCAGGGAGCUUUGCAGCUACUGACACACUAAAACAAAAGAUAGAAAAAACUGACUUAAAACCAUUUUUUAGCUGCUGAGAAUACUAGUGGCCUAAAACUUUUGUUCAGUAUAAUAUGAUUAAACAGACUAUAAGGCCUGUAUGAAUAAUAGAUUGUUUUGAACCUGAACAAAUACAUAGGCCUGUAACUUAAUGCUUAUUUUAAACUUCAAAAGGACAUUUCAGUGAAACACAACUGGUAAACUGAGUUUAACCAAACCGAUAAACUCUGUGAAUAGUAUUGUUUUAUUAAACUGCUUUAAGAGCACAAUCAAGACUGUUUUGACUUUUUUUCUUCUAGUGACACAAAAUGGACAUCAAAAGAAUGAUGACUGAUGUACUUGAGGAUCUUGUGGAUAAAGAGCUCAAACAAUUCAUCUGGCAGCUGUGUAAUAAUGUGACGGCAGGCAUUGAGCCGAUUCCUCGAGCAAAGCUUCAGACUUCUGAUCGUGAGGAUGUGGUGGACUGCAUGGUAAAGCAGUAUCCUGAUGACGCAGUGAAGAUCGCAGUCCAAGCGCUGCGCAACAUGAAACAAAAUGAGCUCGCAAAGCGCAUUGAAUUAAAACUUCAAGAAGUUCAGCAGCCUGUACAGGAGGAACCAAGAAAUAAUCCAGAGUCUAUGGAGCUGGAGCCCAUCCAGUCUGACUGGCACAGACCAUACAGCAUUACUGCAUGCAGCCAACAAUUUAAGCAACUAAUUCUCAGAGAAAAGGAAAAUGAUGUUUAUAUACCAACGAGCAGGUCUCAGAGGAAAGGUUUAGCUCUGCUGAUCACCAACAUUAAAUUUGACCACUUAAGUCACAGGGAUGGUGCAGAGAAAGAUGAGGCGAACAUGGAGUGGCUGCUGACAGCUUUGGGUUACAGCGUUGAGAAACACACAAACCUCUCUGGAGAUGCAAUAAAUAUGGCAGUCAAGAACUUCUCUAAACGUCAUGAACAUCGAGACUCGGACAGCACCUUUGUGGUCAUUAUGUCUCAUGGGGAAAGAAUCCAGAAUAAAGAUGCCAUUAUAGGUGUCCGUUAUCAGAGAAAUAACCCCAAUGAUAUCUUCUUUGUUGAGGACAUCUUCUCCCAUCUUAACUCAGAGAAGUGUCCUGCUCUGAUCGAUAAACCAAAGGUUAUUCUCAUUCAGGCCUGCAGAGGAGGUAAAUAUGGAGGUCUGUAUGUUAGUGACAGUGCGCCUGAAUCAGACUCCUGGGUUCACAGGGAGAAAGACUUUGUCUGCUUUAUGUCCAGCCUCCCUGGUAAGAGAAAAAAAAUGAAAAUAAAAACACUGACUGAUCCUGCCAAUGGAAGUUAUUUCAUCAUGUACAUUGUGGAUGUGUUCAGCACAAGCGCUCAUAAAUAUGGCAUUAUGGAGUUGUUCAGGAGGGUGGCGUCACGCAUGGAGAAAGACCAACGUUUCACACACGAGAUGAUGAAACUAUUGCCGUGUAUUGAAAGGACGACCCUUGUGAGGAAAUUCUACCUGUUUCCUGGACUCUAAUGAUGUGAAAUCAGUUUAGACGCAAAACCCUACAGGUGAAUAGGGUAAAAACUACAUAAAACAUCACCAUACUUCCUCAGUUGAUUAAUCACAGUACAUUUCAGAAAACUUGAAAUAUAAGACAAAUUUCUUAAUGUUGUUUAAACAUGCAAAUAAGGCAUUAUCUAACUAAAUAUUCAUGCAUUUACAUGAAUUUCUUAAUAAUAAAGAACAGAAAUCUAAAACAUCAAAUAAAGUCAGGUUCAAUAUUCAGAAAACAACUCAAUUUGAGAAAACAACAUCUAAAGACGUAUUGUAAUUUGAGGAUUUAUGUGUGUGUUACUUCAAGAGAGAAACCAUAUAUCUAUGUUGAUUUAUUUUCUUUCUUUUAUACUCAUUCAUUUAUAAUCAUUUAUCAUUUAAUCCUUGUAUUAUCCCAUUUAAUGAUACAAUCAUUUACAAUAAUUUCAUCGAUUUAUUCACUGAUUUGUCAUUUAUAUUGUAUUUUUUAUUAUAUUAUUAUUUUUCCAUUUUUGUUUAUUCUUAUGGUGUAGUUUCAAGAGAUAUUUGUGUUCAUGAGUAAGAGAUCAGAGAAUGUCUCUAUUUCAGGUUUUUUACACACACAACGAUGUGAAGCAGUAAUUUCCCAACACUUGUUGGAUUUGGGCUGGUCAGAGAUCAGAUGGAGUCUGAGCAUUGAGUAAAGCAGAGUUUAUUGAAUAAUCUGAGUUACGUAUGUUUCAGUCAACUUCUUGGCUGAUAGAAGAUUGUUAAUAGGCUACAGUUUGGGGUAGUAUAGAAAUUUUUUUACUUUUGGAUAUAAAAUGGAUAUCUAACAAACUGAAAUAAAUCCAUAUAUUAGAAUAAAAUAAAAACUUAACGAGUAUUUUGGAUGUUUUCUUUCCCUAUAGUCUGAAAGAAGACACAUUAAGUAGCCCAAAAUCUACAGCUUUACCAGUGCAUGAAAAACAAUGGUUCAAUUCAAUUCAAUUCAAUUCAAUUCAAUUCAAUAAAAACAUAUUCUAUACACAGUAUAAUAAGUGGAAUUAUAAUUUUAUGCAUUUUUCACUUUUGUUUACUUAAACAUUUCAUUUAACAAAAUUAUCUUAUAUACUACACUAUUGCCAUAUUACUGUAUUAACCAUAAGUUAACUGCUAAGGAGUCGCCUUCAUGCAGUAUAGUGACAAUGUGCACUAAUGUUUCCAUCAGCUGGCUCAAAGAACCUCUAUUGCGUAUCUUGUUUGUUUGAGAAGUUUGAUAAAAGUGCAAAUUAAUCAAUAAAGCUUUUCUAAUCUGUUA